AAACCCAUUUUUUAAACGAUACAUGUUCAUGUAUGUAUUCAUGUCGUGUUCAGUCCGUAUUAUGUUUGUACACCCCCCCAUGCGAGGCAUUAAUAAUUUUUCUUUUAGCUUCCUUGAUGAGUUCCAAAGCUUUAUUAUCACCAUUUCUUUUUCAUGAAAUGGAAGUUCUAGGCAAUUUAUUUAUACAUAUAUAUACCUAUAUAUAGGGUUUAUUUCUAUUUCCUUUGUCACUAUGAUGAGAUGCUUAAAAACAUCAUUGGACAAAUAUUUGGAUUAUAUUUCAGAUUUUUUCAGUUUCUCCCUCAACCAGUUUGGCUUCUGAAUGUUGUUUUGUUUAUACUAAAAGUACACUAUAUAAUAUAGUCACAAGGACCACCUUCAUGUCUGGUUCUUUACAGGUAAUAAAAAAAUGUUUUUAAAAACUAGUCCUUCAACUUCACAAUUCUAUGAUUUGGAUUUAUUCGGCAUCUUGUUGUACACAUUUUGGUGAACUAUGUAUUAGUUAAAUGCUUCCAUUGAUGGUUCAAUGAUCAAGUCCAGUGACAGAACAUGGUGAAGGUUGCAACUAUUGUUGGUGGAGCUGCAGGAACACUUGCUUUAAUGGCUGUAAUAAUGGGAUUCUUUUGGUUUUUCAAGUCAUGUAAGAGUUUUUCGAAUAGAGCCUCGGAGACCGGCUCGUCGGAUCCUUCGGCAUUAACGGAGUGGAAUCGAGGAGUUGGACCGAGUUCAUCGGCCGGUCCGUCUUUAUAUGGACCACAAGGAGCAAGGGAGUUCAUGUUGGAAGAACUAGAGCAAGCUACCAAACAAUUUGCUGAGAGUAGUCUCAUUGGAUACGGGAGUUUCGGCUUGGUUUAUAAAGGUUUGCUUCGUGACGUUGUCGUUGCUAUCAAAAGACAUCCCGGUAUUCCCCGACCAGAAUUCGUUGCAGGGGUAAUGUAUUUGUCCGAGAUUCAACACCGAAACUUGGUUACUCUUUUAGGCUAUUGUCAAGAAGGUGGUUCCCAAAUGUUGGUAUAUGAAUAUUUACCCAAUGGUAGCAUGUGCAAUCACCUAUAUGAUACCGGACGAGAGGCUCCGACUCGUCUUGAGUUCAAGGAGAGGUUAUCGAUUGCUCUAGGGGCAGCUAGAGGUUUAUGCCAUUUACAUGGCCUGAAACCCCCUUUGAUACACAAGAAUUUCAAAACGGGUAACGUGUUGGUCGACGAGGACUUCAUAGUUAAAGUUGCAGAUGCGGGGGUAUCGAUGUUACUCGAAAAGAUAGAAGAAGCCAGUCCAUCUUACACGUCUAGUGUAAAUGUUUUCCGAGAUCCAGAGGUGGAAGUAUUAGGGAGUUUCACCGAAACUAGCGAUGUGUAUAGCUUCGGGGCGUUUCUUUUAGAGCUUAUAACCGGACAGGAUGAGGCAAUGCGUAUCAAUUACAUGGGAUCCAAUGAGAGCUUAAUUCAAUGGGUACAAUCAAGGCUGAGUUGCAAUGACUUUGUGGACCAUAGACUAGUUGGAAGCUUCACCAUGGCUGGUAUUAAGGAUAUGAUCAAGUUGGCAUUGAAAUGCAUGAGUUUUCCCGGGGAAAGGCGGCCAGAUAUGAACACCGUUUCGAUUGAACUCGAACGGAUCCGUGAAAACGAGAUGGAAAUGACAACAGUAAAAGGUGAAGGUACUGCAAAAAUCGCUCUAGGUAGUGAGCUAUUUGCUUCAAAAUAAGGAUCAAUCCCAAUGUAGUUUUAUUAAAGCUUGGGGCCAAAGCUUAGGAUAAAAAAUGAAGUGUUUAUAAAGUAGGGGUAGUGAAGCUGCUAUCAUAAAUUAAUGGAAAUGUGUAUAUUUAUUUUAUGGGAUUUUAUUGAUAAAUAUUAAUGUAUCAUACAGCUUACUAACAGCCAUGCAGAUUAGAAGACUUUCGGA